AUGGAUGGGGAGAACAGGCUCAACGUCUGGCUACGCAGGAUGAACGACGACCGCAGGCAUGGCGGCACUGGUGCUGCUGGCGGCAGCGCCAACGGGUGGGUGCUCAGGGACACCAUUUCCCUGCAUGAGACUUGCGGCCAUCUUGUGGAGCAGGGUUGGGAGACCGCAGGCGAUGGAGAUGAGGACGCCCCUGCAGUAACGGUGGUCGGUGCUGGGGACAAUGCAGGGACAACGGAGAAAGACCUACAAUUUUCAAAACCAAAUCUGAUUUCUUUGGGCAAUAAAGCCAGCAGGCUGUUCCCACUCUGGAAGAUGACCGCCUUCGGACAGCAGCAGUCGCUGCAGGCUGUCGACUCCCUUGUCUCCGAUGGCGGCACCAACAUCAUCGAGGGGCUGCGGAAAGCUGCCAGGAUGGUGGAUGACAGGCAAGCCAGGAACCUGGUGUGCAGCAUCAUCCUGCUCUCUGACGGCGUGGACUCCUACAACUUACUGCCACGGGACGGCUCGGCGCUGGACUACGCGCCGCUCGUCCCACGCUCCAUCCUUCCCGGUAGCGAGCACUACGUCCCGAUCCAUGCCUUUGGCUUCGGCAUGGACCACGACUCCACUGCGAUGCACGCCGUCGCCCAGAUGUCCAGCGGCACCUUCUCAUUAAUCGACGUGGUGGGGUCGAUCCAGGACGCCUUCGCGUCGUGCAUCGGGGCCUCCUCUGCGUGCUAUGCCAGCGGAGUGGACGGCGACUGCUGCGGCGCCUUCAUGCACGUCGGCCGCCUCUAUGCCAGCGAGGAGAGGGACUUCCUCGUCACCGUGUGCGUGCCGCCGUCACGCGUGUCCGUUGCACUCAUCCGGCCGAGCUGCACCUACCGCGACACAGUUACCACGGAGAAGGUGCGGGUGGGAGGCGACCCGGUGAUGUUGCUCCGCCCGGAGUUCCUGGUGAGCGCGGGGAUGUCCCUGCAGGUGGAGCGCGAGUGGCACCGCGUCCAUGCCACGGAGGACAUGGCCGCGGAGCAGGCCGCCGUGGAGGAGGGCGACUACACCAGCGCGGCUUCUGGAGUCGUGCGCGUCGCUGUCCUUGGACAAGCAAACGCAGGCGCUAGUGGCUGA